AUGAACGAAUCCAUCACCGCCUUAUUGAUUGGGCUUGCCACUGGUGUUGUCAUUUUGUUGAUUAGUAAUGGGAAAAGCUCGCAUCUCCUGGUGUUCAGUGAAGAUCUUUUCUUCAUAUAUCUUUUGCCACCCAUAAUAUUCAAUGCAGGGUUUCAAGUAAAAAAGAAGCAAUUUUCCCGUAACUUCGUGACUAUUAUGCUUUUUGGUGCUGCUGGGACUGUCUUUAAGCACUUGGACAUUGGGACCUUUGACUUGGGUGAUUAUCUUGCAAUUGGUGCCAUAUUUGCUGCAACAGAUUCUGUGUGUGCACUACAGCUUAAAUCUGGAGAUAUCAGGGUUCUAGCAAACAUUUCCUUAACUCCAGAAAAAGGAGUGUUCUUCAGAAAUUCGACUGCAUGCCUUCAAAAUGCUACAGUUAAGCCCUUCUGA